AUAUUUGGUCCAGCUGAGCUUCGUAGCAAUUUGAAACCAGUUCUGGAUAAAUUAUUGAGUAUGAGAGCAUCGAUGCCAUUCAAGAGCCGAUUGCGUUCAAAAAAUCCCGAAAAACAGCUCAGCCAAGUGUUUGUGGAACAGAUCAAUCCGGUGAUGAAAAAAUUGGGCUACUGCUGUGGUCAGAAACUUUCGUUUACUCCACCAUCACUGUACUGUGAUGGAAACUCGCUGUGUACGAUUGCAAGAGACCAAUAUUAUCACGUUUAUGAAGCUACGUAA